GCCGCCACUAUGCCUCCCAAGGACGACAAGAAGAAGAAGGACGCGGGCAAGUCGGCCAAGAAGGACAAGGACCCCGUCAACAAGUCCGGCGGCAAAGCCAAGAAGAAGAAGUGGUCGAAGGGGAAAGUGAGAGACAAGCUCAACAACCUCGUCCUCUUCGACAAAGCCACGUACGACAAGCUCUGCAAGGAGGUGCCCAACUACAAGCUCAUCACGCCGGCCGUGGUCUCCGAGAGGCUCAAGAUCCGAGGCUUGCUGGCCAGAGCGGCGCUCCAGGAGCUCCUCAGUAAAGGUCUAAUCAAGCUCGUGUCCAAGCACAGAGCCCAGGUGAUCUAUACCCGCAACACCAAGGGAGGUGAUGCUCCAGCCGCUGGAGAGGAUGCCUGAGAAGGAUUGCAAGUGGUG